CGCUUCCACGCCCCUGCUUGCGUUGACACGAUCACGGAAGAGGCGGAAGACGCACGGAGGAAACAUAUUUAAACAACAUUAAAUGUUAAUGUUUUUAAUAAAGUACAAAUCAGAUAAUCUCAAACCCAGGAUCUAUCGAUGAGGAAGUUUAAAGUUUGUUUUAAAGCUGAAGAAGGAAAAGUCCGAACACGGAAAUGAGAGCUGGGAGGUCUGCGUGUCUCUGCUGGAGUUUGCUGUCUGUCUGCGUCCUGCUGGUCUCUGCAGACUGGAAAAUCAUCACAGCGGAUACUGGACAGACUGCCACUCUGUCGUGUCGAGGUCCAAACAGCGACAUCACAGGUGUGGAGUGGAGCAGAGCUGACCUGAAGACACAAUAUGUCCUUUUGUACCGGGACCAGCAGCUUGAUUCAGCAAACCAGCAUCCAAAUUUUAAGGACCGGGUGGAUCUGCAGGACAGACAGAUGACGGAUGGAGACGUGUCUUUGAUUCUGAAGGAUGUGAAGAUUGAGGACACGGGAACAUAUGAGUGUCGUUUGUUAGAUGGGAAGUCCAUCAGCAGCAUCUACCUGAGAGUUGUUCCUGCAGGUCAGACAGGAGGACAGAGUGGAGACGGAGUGAACGAGGAUGGAUUUGUUGGACUGAAAGCUGGUCUGCCCCUUCCUGCGAUGUUCAUCAUUGCUGGUGUUUUUUUAAUUUACCGAAAACAUAAAAAACGCAGGCGUCACGGUUUGUACUAUCAUGUGUGAACUGAAACUCUUUGUUGCACUACAUGAAGUAGGAAAAUGGUGGAGUGGUUUACAGUGGAGAUGUGGCCAUUACUUUUAUUUAUUGUUUGCACAGAAGGACAACAGAGCAAUGCUAAACUGUAGUAUGCUGGUAACAGAACUUUGGCUCUUUGCAACCAUUUGCACAGACAGUAUGCUAAUGCUAAGCUAAGUUAGCCAAUAACCCUGAGUGUUGCUGAAACUGGGUGUAUGCAGACCCCAGCCCAGCAGCCAGAGUCUGAACUGUAACAGGUAACAAAGGCAGAGAUGAUCAGUCAGACUUGAAAUUGCUGUUUCUACCUGUCCAUGUUUCUACAGUGGAGCAGCUGGUGAUCGCUUUGAAGUCUCUUUGGGCUGCUUUGUGUUGAAACCUUAAUAAUAAAAGAAAGAUCAUAUGUGUGUCCUCAUUAGGAUAGGGAUUUCUGUUGGUGUGUGGGACAGGGUGUCAUGACACCAAAGCUAGUUAUAAGACACAAACAGGAGAAGCAAACUGAGCUGUUAGAGUUCAUGACAGAAACUGAGUAAUAUGUCAUGUGACCUUGAUUUUUCCCUUUUCUCGGUGGCGGUUUUGUGAGGUGCAGAACUGUUGGACGAUUGUAAAGCUGAGAUCACAUGAACUCAGAUUAUAUCAAGUAAUUAGUAGACAUGGAAGUAUUUUUUUCUUCUCUCCAAAGUGUUAAGUGUUUUCUCUUAAAGGUGAAGCCAGUUUUCCUCUCUAUGAAUUAUAAUGUAAGAUGUCCUGGUUUUACAGUUUUGUAAACAAAUCUUUAUAUUUUAUAAGCUAAUGCUAAAAAAAAAUGUUUUAUUUGUGAAUGUGAAGAUAUCCUGUAAAUUGUCAGAUUAAUGUAACUAUUACAGUAAAAUGACUCUUUGCACAGAUAAAGAUUUACCUCCAUGUGUGAGUGAUGGAAGCAGAUGCUGUAUAGACAUAUUUGUGUUCACUGAAAGUCAAGACAAGAACGUCUCGUGUGGUGUGCACAUUUAAAAACAGGGUCUAAAAGGUAAAGAGGAUUGGGUAGACAGAGGAUGGAGGGUGGAUAAUUUUUUAUACAUGCAAAUAAGAAAAAAUGAUUAUAAUUAAGGAUUAAACCAUAUCGCUGUGCAUUCAUGCUACUGGAAGGAUUCAUUCAAUAGGAUAACAUCAACUUACAUCACUAAUGCAUUUAGUAUUUAAGUAUUUUCUUUAAAGUGAACAUAAAACGCUACAUGUAAAAAGGCUAAUCUACACCACGAAGCCACGCUCUAAAAAGCUUUCACAGAUUUAACACUGUCUGUGACGCUGGAAAUAAAGUUUCUAUUUGUAGAGUAUGUUUGGCACCAUGUUGUGCAAGUACAGCAUGUGAUGUUACUGGGUUGGUCGGCUAAUAGACUUCUAUUCAUUUAUGUUUGCUAACUAGCGACAGAUCAGAUCACUUAGUGCAAAGCAAGAAUACGAAAACUAAAAUCAGCAUUAGUUUUGUGAACCACCAGUGUACCUGACUCAAACAGGCUCUCCUCCUCAUUCUUAACACAGGUGGAUUCUCAUGUUUCAGUUCAGCUAGCCGACGUUGAAGAAUCACUUACUGCUAAAGAGACAGAGAGUGAAAGUGGACAGUUUAUCCUCAGUUUCUUAGUAUAAAAUAACUCAUUGUUGCAGACAGGGACAGUACAAAAUCAUCCCCUUAGACUGGUUUUUAGUUUUAGUUUCUAUGUUUUCUGCUAAGUUAUUGGUUAUGUCGUUAGUUAGCUAACAUAAACUUAUGCAUGUCUGUGAGUUGCAAGCAAUCAGCCAACCCAGUGAUGUCACGCUCUGUACUGACACAAGAUGGUGCUUAAUAAAAUGAAUCUUUAAACACUCACUAUUUUAAAUCCAGCUUCAGAGACAGUGUUACACCUCUGACAGUCUUUGACAGCAGGGCUCCAUGGUGUAAACUAACCUUUACACAUGUAGUGUUUUAUGUCCACUUUAAAUACAAUGCAGGGAUUUAGUGUAACACAUGGGAUACGUCCAAGUGAACACGUUGGUAAUUACUUAAAAGUCUUCUUAACUUACAAAGUUUUUCUGUCAGGCUGUAAAGAUGUCGUUAUAUAAACUUUGACAGGUGACAGGAUAUGAUGUAUGCUGCUGUAGUGAAACUGGAAUGGGGUUUAAAACAGAUUUUAACACAGAUAAUUUAUGCACUUUUUAAUUUUAUGAUCCUUAAGACUUUGAAAAAGUAUUUUCAUGAAGUCAGAUCUCCUAUCGUGAGAGCACAGGGUGCGCUUUACUGUGACAUCAGAGGCUGAGGAGGGGGAGAAGCUUCCACUUUAUCUUUGUGGUAAAACAUUUCACUGUGUUUAAAGACAUGAAUAAAAACUGUGUUAAAUCAG